AGAGGGGGAAGCUGGAGCAGGUACAGGUGUGUGUUUGUUUGUCAGUUUAUGAAUGUGGAGGAGACGGGACGGGGCGACGACGUGAAGAAGAAGAAGAAGAAGAGACGGAGAGGGCUGAAAGGAAGACGAAGAAGAAGAAGAAGAAGAAGAAGGAGCGGAUGACAAGAGGGAGAGCUGGGAGGAAAGAGGGGAAAAGAAAAGAGGGAAUGAUGUCUGAGCGGAUAGCUUCGUGUGGGAGCCUGUAUGACAGCACCAACCUGCUGCUACAGUACUGCAACAACGAUGACACGGUGUCUGCCAGCAGUAACAUGGACGUGGAGGACCGGGUCUCACACCUGGAGCAGAGGCUGCAGCUGCAGGAGGACGAGAUCCAGCUGCUGAAGGCGGCCCUGGCCGACGCCCUGCGCAGGCUCGGGUACUGCGAGGAGCAGAGUCUGGGGACGCAACCAGGAAGUGUUCAUGCUGCGGGGAGGAGAUCUCUGGCUUCCACAGCUCCAGCUCCUCCCACCAAAGUGCGUCAGCUCCUGCAGGCUCUUCCCUCCCGACCUCUGAGUAACGGCUACGUCCAACAGAAACGCCUCCUCUCCUCCCCGUCCUCUCCUAAGAAGGAGGUGCUGCAGUCCAUCAAGAGAAAGAGCAUGUCCACAGAGCGCCUCACUCUGGUGAGGAGAGAGAUGGGAGCGGAGAGUCGGAGUCGAACCACCUCCUCCAGCAGCUCCUCUGGAGGAAAAAGCAAAUCCAAAGAAUGCACCCUCAACGCAGAGGACGGCUACGUGAGGAUGUUCCUCCGAGGUCGGCCUGUCACCAUGCACAUCCCCGACCAGCAGAGGGAAAGCUACAGCCUGGACCACAAGGUGGCGCUUCCUGACCGCAAGCUCAAACUGCAGUGGGUUUACGGAUACCGUGGACGCGACUGCCGCUCCAACCUCUACCUGCUGCCCACGGGAGAGAUCGUGUACUUCAACGCCUCGGUGGUGGUGCUUUACAACACGGAGGAGCAGCAGCAGAGGCACUACCUCGGGCACAAUGACGACGUCAAAUGCCUGAGCGUGCAUCCCGAUAUGGUUACCAUAGCAACUGGGCAAGUGGCUGGAAACUCUAAAGAUGGAAAGCUGCUGGCUCCUCAUGUCCGGGUUUGGGACUCUGUGAGCCUCAACACGCUGCACGUGCUCGGGAUGGGAGUGUUCGACAGAGCCGUCACCUGCGUGGCUUUCUCCAAGUCGAAUGGCGGCACCUUCCUCUGCGCUGUGGAUGAUGCCAACGAUCACAUCCUGUCAGUCUGGAACUGGCAGAAGGAAAAACAAGUGGCUGAUGUCAAGUGCUCCAAUGACUCUGUGCUGGGCGCUGUCUUUCAUCCCAUGGAUGCAAACCUGAUCGUCACCUGCGGAAAAUCUCACAUCAACUUCUGGACCGUGGAGGGAACCACCCUCACAAAGAGACAGGGCCUGUUCGAGAAACAUGAGAAACCAAAGUAUGUGUUGUGUGUGGCGUUUGCUGAGAACGGAGACGCCAUCACAGGAGACUCCAGUGGAAACAUCUACAUCUGGGCCAAAGGUGGUAACCGUAUCACUCACCAGGUGUCGGGGGCCCAUGAGGGGGGCAUUUUCUCUGUUUGUGUGCUGAAGGACGGCACCUUGGUGUCCGGAGGAGGGAAGGACCGCAAGGUGGUGCUGUGGAACCACGACUACAGAAAGCAGGCUGAGAUGGAGGUGGGCGAGUCGUUUGGUCCUGUUCGGGCUCUGGCUGAAGGGAAACCUGGAGAACUCUUUGUGGGGACCACCAAGAACGCGAUCAUCAGAGCCGCCUUCCCUGAUACUUUAACUCCCAUUGUUCAGGGUCACACCGAUGAGCUGUGGGGUCUGGAUGUUCAUCCCUCCAUGGAGCAGUUUGUCACCUGCGCCCAGGACAAACAGGUUCACCUCUGGGACACCAACUCCCAUCAGCCCCUGUGGAGCAAGACCAUCGAGGACCCGGGGAGGUCUGCAGGUUUCCAUCCCAGCGGGGCGGUUCUAGCUGUGGGGACCAUGACUGGAAGGUGGUUGGUGCUGGACACUGACACCAGGGAUCUGGUUUCUAUGCACACAGAUGGAAAUGAGAUAAUUUCCAAUGUCAAGUACUCUCCAGACGGGAACUUCCUGGCUGUUGCUUCCCACGACAACUUUGUUUACAUCUACGCUGUGACGGAGAAUGGUCGGAAAUACAGCCGUGUGGGGAAAUGCACUGGUCACUCGAGCUUCGUCACCCACCUGGACUGGUCUUCAGACAGCCAGUUCCUCGUCACCAACUCAGGAGACUACGAGAUCCUCUUCUGGGAGGCAUCCAGUGGUAAACAUGUGACAAACAUGGACACGGUGCGUAACCAGGAGUGGGCCACUUCCACCUGCACCCUGAGCUUCAACACCUUCGGAGUUUGGCCGGAUGGAGCAGACGGCACAGACAUCAAUGCCGUGUGCAGGUCACAUGACGGAUCCCUGCUGACCUCUGCUGAUGACUUUGGCAAAGUGCACUUGUUCAACUUCCCCGGCUCUCAACCAAGGGCUCCGAGCCACGAGUACGGUGGCCACAGCAGUCACGUGACCAACGUUGCCUUCCUGCACGACAACAGUCACCUGAUCUCCACCGGCGGGAAAGACACCAGCAUCCUGCAGUGGGUGGUUGCCUAGGCAACACUCUCCAACCACAUCUUGAAUCCCUGCAGACAGGGACCAGCUUUCCUCCCUGACCCCCCCCCCACCCAAUCACCUUUCACUGUUUUCUCCUCCUGCCACCAGGGGGCAGUCACUCCUCCGUGCCUACCGGAAAAUAUUAAAGAAACACACACACACAACUCCACCGACCCACAGACGUCACCCCGUUGUAAUAAAAGCAAAUUAUUUAGUGUCCUGCUGUUUGUGAUAGAAUGUAGAGAAAAUGAUUUGUUGCAUUGCAGGAAGUGAGUCCUAACUGUACCCAUAAAAAAAAAAAACUACUGUAACACCAGAGCAGCUGGUGAACCUGUGGCUUUAGCAUUAGUACUAACUGUGCCUGAACUGUAUUAACCUUAACCCCCUCUGAAGGGAGGUCCACGUAUUUGAAUGGAAACGUGUCUUUGCAAGCUUUAGCUCCUCAUUUACAAAUCGUGUAUUCUUUACCACUGAUCUGACCAUCUCUGGAUAGAAGUCACAGAGGUCAUGAACAGGCUUGUGUUUACGCUUUAGAGAUUAAUAUUUGCAUAUUAAUCAAGCAGACAUUGGUUUCCUCUCAUUCAUACAGUGAACAGAGCAGACUCUCCAGUUUAGAUUGAGGUGGAUGGAUUCAUGUAUGAAAUUCAUACUUCCUAAAAGUUUUCAAACUAAAUGCAUCAGAGCUAAUGGAUUCUUAAAAGUGAGGGGGAAAUUACAGUCUCAUUUCAAUAAAAAAAUAAAGCUGAUAUGUUUGUCGAGCUGUGAUGUAAAGUUCACACGAUUUAAGAGCUAAAACAUCCAAAAACACAUCGACCUUUAAAGAGUCAAAUAACUCUGCACCCAGGUGAGUGUCGUAGAUUCUUAUAAACAUCUUCCCUCUUUCCUCAAGUAAGAAAUCCAAACGGGACACCUUCAAACCUGUGACAGACGUCUCCUGGAGUUUAGACAAACAGGAAGUAACCUCUUUAAGGUUUGAGUCAGAGCUCCAUGUGCGUUAGCUUUUAUCCACAUGUGUUAGGGAUGUGUGAUGUUUGUAAGAACUUACCUGACCUGACCUGGGGCACAGGAAGAUUGUAUUAGACUUCAUCAAAUAGGUGUUAUUAUUCCACUUUAAAAACUAUGAUUAUAACCUAACUGCCUUGUUAUCUAAGCGAUUCUCUUCCCUUAACAGGAUUUCCAAAACGAUUACGAUUACAGAUGUUCUGUCUGAGAUUUGGCUGUUUUCCCUAGAGCCUCUCAUUUAGCCCCGCCUCCCCCCUCCCCCGGCCUGCUGUGUUUCUGAUGGUACUACUGUGUUACUGUAACCGUGCUUUAGAAGGCACUAGAUGGCGCUACAUUGCAAGAGAAUGAGCAUGACUGAGGCUGCCCUCCUCCUGUAGAUGCUGUUCAUGUUGCAAAGGUCUAUAGAGUUAAUAUAUGUACGAUGCAGUAUAUCCAAGUGGCUGUGUUAUUUUAAUAUUGAACUAUAACAACGAUGGAUGUGAUUAUAUUCUUGUGGCACUUUUAGUGAUUGACGGAAGAGUAAUGUCGGCUGCUGUGCUGUUGAAGUGAGCUUGAGCUUCGCCUUCUUCUCUUUUGUUAAUAAAGUUUUUACCCAACUACUCA